CCGUGGCUGUUGAUGGACGAUUGGCGGAGGUCGGUGGAGACGCUGCUGUUACAGGUUUAACUCGCAGACCAGAGAAGAUGAGUUAUUUGGAUGAAGAGCUGGACAGAGCGAGGUCUGCAGGAUCCAUCUGUCUCUCUUUGAGGAGUGACCGGUCCAAAGAUCAGCCUCCCGUCUUCAGUGAUGGACCUGGACCCUCAAACCCAAAUGUUACAGGUUUAACUCGCAGACCAGAGAAGAUGAGUUAUUUGGAUGAAGAGCUGGACAGAGCGAGGUCUGCAGGAUCCAUCUGUCUCUCUUUGAGGAGUGACCGGUCCAAAGAUCAGCCUCCCGUCUUCAGUGAUGGACCUGGACCCUCAAACCUAAAUGUUACAGGUUUAACUCGUAGACCAGAGAAGAUGAGUUACUUGGUUGAAGAGCUGGACAGAGCGAGGUCUGCAGGAUCCAUCUGCCUCUCUAUGAGGAGUGACCGGUCCAAAGAUCAGCCUCCCGUCUUCAGUGAUGGACCUGGACCCUCAAACCCAAAAGGGAGGACGAUGAAGAACGCCUCAUACUGGGACCAGUUUGGGUCAUCGAGAAACUUCUCCUCUCCCCAGUUUGUAAAAAGACUCAGGCUAAGACCUGGACUGCAGACAGCCAGUGAGAGCAGCAGUGUACAAAUAGAUCGUGGUCUGCAGGAGGUUUUAGAUGAACAUAAGAUCAGUCUGAGGAGGAGAUGUGAACGUGUGACUGAAGGAACUGAUCAAACAGGAAGUGGAACCCUCCUCAACAGGAUCUACACUGAGCUCUACAUCACAGAGGGACAGAGUGAAGAGGUUAAUACCCAACAUGAGGUGAAGCAGCUGGAGACUGUUUCCAAGAUGAAGACCGUCCAUGACACUCCAAUCAAGUGCCACGACAUCUUUAAAACCUUACGUGGCCAAAAGACACCCAUAAGUGUCGUCCUGACCAACGGCGUCGCUGGCGUUGGAAAAACCUUCUCAGUGCAGAAGUUCACUCUGGACUGGGCCGAGGGCUCGGAAAACCAGGAUAUCAGUCUGCUGGUUCUGCUUUCAUUCAGGGAGCUGAACUUGGUCAGAGAUGAGAAGUACAGUCUCCUCAGGCUGCUCCAUGUUUUCCAUCCAACAUUACAGAAGGUCACAGCAGAGAAGCUCGCUGUCUGUAAAGUCUUGUUCAUCUUUGACGGUCUGGAUGAAAGCAGACUUUCACUGGAUUUCAGCAGCAGGGAGGUCGUGUCUGACGUCACACAGGAGUCAUCGGUCAACGUGCUGCUGACAAACCUCAUCCGGGGGGAUCUGCUUCCCUCAGCUCUGGUCUGGAUAACUUCCCGACCUGCGGCGGCCAAUCAGAUCCCUCCUGCAUGUGUUGACAGGGUAACAGAAGUACGAGGCUUCACCGACGCCCAGAAGGAGGAGUACUUCAGGAGGAGAUCCAGUGAUGAAGAGCUGUCCAGCAGAAUCAUCUCACACAUCAAGAUGUCCAGGAGCCUCCACAUCAUGUGUCAGAUCCCAGUCUUCUGCUGGAUCUCUGCUACAGUUCUGGAGCACAUGUUGACCACAGAGCAGAGAGGAGAGCUGCCCAAGACCCUGACUGACCUGUACUCACACUUCCUGCUGGUUCAGACAAACAGGAAGAAGCACAAGUAUGAUGGAGGACAUGAGACCAGUCCACGGGAGCUGACGGAGGCUGACAGGGACGUUCUUCUGAAGCUGGGGAGGCUGGCGUUUGAACAUCUGGAGACAGGAAACAUCAUGUUCUACCAAGAAGACCUGGAGCAGUGUGGUCUUGAUGUCACAGAGGCCUUGGUUUACUCAGGAGUUUGUACACAGAUCUUCAAAAGAGAGGGUGUGAUCUUCCAGAAAACUGUCUACUGCUUUGUUCAUCUGAGCAUUCAGGAGUUUCUGGCUGCAGUCUACAUGUUCCACUGUUACACCAACGGGAAGACAGAUGAACUGAAGGACUUCCUAUGGCGAAGUAACUUGAAUUCAGCCCCGCAUCUGUUACUGGAGGGUGUCAUGGAGAAGUCCUUACAGAGUGAAAAUGGCCACCUGGACCUGUUGGUUCGCUUCCUUCAUGGCCUCUGUCUGGAGUCUAACCAGAGACUCUUAGGAGGCCUGCUGGGUCAGACAGAGAUCAGACCAGAGACCAUCCAGAGAGCCAUCUACAACCUGAAGGAGAUGCAUACUUACAGCACCUCUCCUGACAGGAGCAUCAACAUCUUCCACUGUCUGAUGGAGAUGAACGACCACUCAAUACAUCAGGAUAUCGUAGAGUUCCUGAAGUCAGAGAACAGAUCGGAGCAGAGACUCUCUGAGAUCCACUGCUCAGCUCUGGCCUACAUGCUGCAGAUGUCAGAGGAGGUUCUGGAUGAGUUGGACCUGGACAAGUACAACACAUCAGAGCAGGGACGACAGAGACUGAUCCCAGCUGUGAGGAACUGCAGAAAGGCUCGACUCUAUGGCUGUCGACUCUCAGAGACUCACUGGGAAGUCGUGGCCUCGGCUCUGAAGUCCAGCCCCUCCCACCUGAGAGAGCUGGACCUGAGUGAAUACUGGGACCUGCAGGAUUCAGGAGUGCAGCUGCUGUCUGCUGGACUGGAGAGUCCAAACUGUAGACUGGACACUCUGAGACUGAGAGGCUGCAAGUUGUCAGAGAUCAGCUGUGCUUCUCUGGUCUCAGCUCUGAAGUCCAACCCCUCCCAUCUGAGACACCUGGACCUGGUUGAAAACGACCUGCAGGAUUCAGUAGUGAAGGAUCUGUGUGGUUUUUUGGAGAGUCCAGUCUGUGGACUGGAGACUCUGAGGUUGAGUUUCUGCAGUUUGUCAGAGAUCAGCUGUGCUUCUCUGGCCUCAGCUCUGAAGUCCAACCCCUCCCACCUGAGACACCUGGACCUGAGUCACAAUGAGCUGCAGGAUUCAGGAGUGAAGCCGCUGUGUGGUUUUCUGGAGAGUCCAGACUGUGGACUGGAGACUCUGGGGUUGAGUUUCUGCAGUUUGUCAGAGAUCAGCUGUGCUUCUCUGGUCUCAGCUCUGAAGUCCAACCCCUCCCAUCUGAGACACCUGGACCUGAGUGAAAACAACCUGCAGGAUUCAGACCUGAAGGAUCUAUUUGACCUUGUGGAGAGUCCAGACUGUGGACUGGAGACUCUGAGGCUAAGCGAGUGCAGUUUGUCAGAGAUCAGCUGUGCUUCUCUGGUCUCAGCUCUGAAGUCCAACCCCUCCCACCUGAGACACCUGGACCUGAGUGAAAACAACCUGCAGGAUUCAGGAGUGAAAGAUCUGUCUGAUCUUGUGAAGAGUCCAGACUGUGGACUGGAGACUCUGAGAUUGAGUCACUGCAGUUUGUCAGAGAUCAGCUGUGCUUCUCUGGCCUCAGCUCUGAAGUCCAACCCCUCCCACCUGAGACACCUGGACCUGAGUCACAAUGAGCUGCAGGAUUCAGGAGUGAAACCGCUGUGUGGUUUUCUGGAGAGUCCAGACUGUGGACUGGAGACUCUGGGGUUGAAUCGCUGCAGUUUGUCAGAGAUCAGCUGUGCUUCUCUGGCCUCAGCUCUGAAGUCCAACCCCUCCCAUCUCAGAGAGCUGGACCUGAGUAGAAACAAGCUGCAGGAUUCAGACCUGAAGGAUCUGUUUGACCUUGUGGAGAGUCCAGACUGUGGACUGGAGACGCUGAGCUGGAGGUCGUGAUCCUUCUGCAUGAGAGAGGAUGAGCUGUGCCCUGAAGAUCCGGAGGUUGAAGCAGCAGCAGCUUGUGAGCAGAGAGGCUCUGACUGGACCUUGUUACAGCGAUCAUGAUUCCUUCAAUUGAU